AUGUGUUUUCUCAAACUCAGGAGUGUUUUUCAACUCUAUCUUCUUUUAUUGACCCUUUUAGUGAAAUCAUCUUAUGCCCAAAACUCUGCUCAAGACUACAUCAAUGGCCACAACUCAGCAAGAUCAAUAGUGGGUGUUGGAAACAUUGUAUGGAACACAACUCUUGCAGCCUAUGCUCAAACAUAUGCCAACUCAAGGAAAGCUGAUUGCCAAUUGGUGCAUUCCAAUGGGCCUUAUGGGGAGAACCUUGCAAAGGGCAACAAUGGAUUCACUGGCUCAGCUGCAGUUAAACUAUGGGUUGAUGAAAAGCCUUACUAUAGCUAUAAUAACAAUGCAUGUGUUGGCGGUGAGUGUCUCCAUUACACACAAGUUGUUUGGCAAAGCUCUUAUAGAGUUGGGUGUGCAAGAGUUCAAUGCAAUGAUGGUUGGUAUUUUGUGUCUUGCAAUUAUGAUCCUCCAGGCAAUUGGGAUGGGGAGUGGCCUUAUUAG